CAUGAAGGUCUAUAUAGCGGGAAUCGCGGUUCUGGCCUGUCUAUUUUCUAAGAUUACGGAAGGAUCGGCGUACUUGCUGGAACCCCAGUGUUUAAAAGCAAACGAAAUAGGUCCGAAGAUUGCUGGAGGUGGUAAUGCAAAAAUAUUAUCCACUCCGUGGAUGGUUAUGGUAAAAAGUAAUACGAUUUGCGGCGGCACGCUCAUUAGCUCUAAAUUUGUUCUGACGGCAGCGCAUUGCAUAUCAAAUGAGUAUACGACGGUUAGCUUGGGCGAAUACUCCCUUAACAACCCCGGGCUAUACUGCAGAAAUGGUACAUGCAUACCACAGGGCCAUGAAGUCGAGGUCGAUAAAAAAAUUGUUCACGCUGAAUAUCCCAAAGCUGGAUCCCUUAAAUAUGAUAUAGCCCUGCUUCGCAUGGUCAGAGAUGUGCUGUUUUCUGGCCUUGUCAGGCCAAUUUGCCUCAUCGUCAACGAGCAAGUGGAAACUGUUUCAUCAUUUAACAUCACCGGCUGGGGUGCUACAAAAAAAAGUGAACUCAGCGAAAUUCUAAAGACCGCCACUGUAGAUUACACCGAUCGUAGCAAUUGCAACAAAAAAUUUAGUUCAGAGGUUGAUGAAUCCCAGAUAUGUACCUUCAGUGAGACAAGUGACUCUUGUUUGGGGGACUCUGGGGGUCCUUUGAGCGCAGAGAUAGUUUACAACGGAAAUAUUCUGACAGUGCUGUUCGGUAUUAUAAGCUAUGGGGCUUCGACCUGCGACAGCGUUUCUGUUAACACAAAUGUGACGCAUUAUAUGGACUGGAUCGUCGGUGCUAUACAACAGUAUGGUAGAAAAAAUUACUGCUAAAUGGAUGAUGUACCUACCACAUGUAACUUAAAAAAUUAUAAAUAAAUAAAUUCCAGCUGUAUUAAU